AUGGCCCAGUAUAAACUUUUCACUCUUGGCAAAGAUAUUUCGUAUGUCAAUCACAGGGAUACUGGUCUACUAGAUGAGGAUCUUUCAGUACUAGGUUGGAUGCACCACCGAUCACAAAAAGCUAGUGUCGAACCAUUCAAGGAUUUUUUGAUAGGGAACUUCUGUACUUGCCUUUCAGCACAGUCAUGCAUUGAUGGCCAUGUCUCCCAUACUAGGCCAAGCUUUGACUCCAGAUAUGGAUCCAAGUUCUUAAAACAGCCAAAUGAGGAAUGUGAGAACACUUUCUCUGAAAAUGGAGUGAAAGAGAAUAACAGAGAUGAAACAUCUAUCAUUAGCUCUGAUCAUUUUCAUGGCUUUCUCGCUAUUGGAACCCUUGGUUCAGAACCAAAUACCAGUGAGCCUGCAACACCAACAUUUCCCAUGUCUUUGGAGAACAUAACAGAGGGAAAAAUGGAGGUGACAGAGACUGACUUGAAGCUCAUGAACAAUGAAUUAGACAAGUUUCUAGAGGCUGAAGCUGAAGAAGAAGGAUGCAACGAACCAUUAGCAAGGAGCAGUUACGUUAGCACCGUUACACUCAGUGGUAUGCAAAUGGAAGCAACAGAAGCUGAAGAUUGUGGAAAGACGGUGGCAUGUCCACUCCAAGGAUAUCUAUUUGGGUCCUCAAUUGAACUGCCAGAAACAAGAAUUGGAGUAAAGAAGGAAAAGUUAUCGCUUGGAGAGAUGUUUCGUGCGACAAAAGUUACAGAUGAAAUUCCUUCAGAAAAUGAAGUCAAAGGGGAGAUGCAAGUCAAGAAAGCACAUAAAUCUGCCAAAUACCUCAUCAAGAAGAUACUCACAAAGUUUCGCACUACUUCAGGAAACCCUUCUACUGGUGAUGAAGCUUCAAAUUCUGUUUCUACCAAGAAAAAACUUAAUAAGGUCCUAAAAAUGUUCUAUAGAAAAGUUCAUCCUGAAAACCCACUAGCCGAAAAAGAGUAUACGAAGCCCCAUAAAGACAAGACAAUGAAUGCUCUGAAUGAUGGUGCCUAUAAUGCAGACCUGAUGCACCAGAUUAAAGACAACAGAAAGUUUCUUUCUGAAUCCAAGUCAUUGGAAGGGGUCAAAUGCCAUAAGAGCAACUUGAAACUGCCCCAUUAUGGUCAUAUUUGCAGUAAUUCAGGUGCAAAUGGGGAAUACUGGAUUAAAACAGAUGCAGACUGUAAGUACUAA